AUGGACGUACCGUUAGAUUUUUUGGUUAGCGAGAGCUCUGAUACUCUUUUGCUGGAGAAUUACAAAAACAAAGGAAUAGUUAUAUUUGAUGGUAAGAACCUCUGGCUCGCUGUCGAUUUAUACUUUGGAUGUGAUGGAAAGGCGUAUUGUACUCGAAAAAUUGAACUGUGCAUGUAUCCUGCAUUGCCUUCAAAUGAAAAAUUUGAUGUAAUGCUUGUCAACAAAAUGGGUAACAAGGUAGCCUUGUCAAGUUUACAUUCGGUGUACAUAAUUGAUGUACCUAAUGUUUGUUGGUCUGGACGGUUGGUAACGAAAAGUCGUUUAUCGGAGCAUUUGCGGUCUACAUAUUGUUGCAAGAGUCAGUGCAUUCGCUCUAGUAUUGGCAUGGAAAAUGGAGCUAAUAUCAUUAAAAUUCGGUGGUAUUGGGAAGAGUUUGAUGAAUAUGAGUAUCUCAUUUGUAAUACGUUAGCUUUGCUUCACGAAAGAAAUGUUGUGAGAAUUUAUGAUACUGAUGUCUCUUGUGCCUUGCCAAAGAUUAUACUUAAUUUUAAUGCGCUAUUAGGAAUGGAUGGAUCGAGUAAUAUCCGUUCAAUUGGUUUAUAUAAUUAUAUAGCUUCAUUCGAUUUUGGACCGUCAUUUGUUUCGCGUCUUCCUAAUCAAGAUAAUAAAGAAAUUCAUUUGAAAACAUUGUUUGCUGUUGACAGUGAAUGUGGGGAUUUGUAUAUUGCGUUCUAUUCUGAUGAAAAGCAGGUUUUAAUAUAUAGUUAUGAGCAUUAUUUCAGGGUUGUUCAGAUCCAAGGACCUUGUUCACUAAUGGGAUCGAAAUACGACAGUUCAUUCAGAGGUGAUGCUCUUGAUUUGCUUUUCAUACAUUGUAUUGAAAAUCCAUCAUUACCAGUUUUUUCGCUUAUAUCUUCAGAUGGUCGCAUUACGCAUAUUCUUGUGCUUUUGAUGCAGGUCAAGGUUUUAUAUUUUAACUGUCAACUAUUGUACCUUUUGGCCAUUUAUAAUGCUUUAGUUGGAUUUGUGGAAUUCAUCCUUAUUAUUUAUGAUAGUUUUUUGAUGCCCUGCAAACCACGUGUAAAUGUAUCGCAUUAUUUGCGAAAAGAUGCUGUACAAUCUGGUCAUUACUUCGUUAUAAAUGGAAUAGACCUCUAUUCAGUUGAUAUCAAAGGAUGGACAGACUCCUUGUCUAGUAUGUUGCAAGAUGCAAACUCUGAAGAAGGCAGCUUUGGAGAAGCUUUGGAGCAGGCUUCAUUUUCCUCUAAAAUAUAUCAAAUCUUUCGUAUUUUUGAGUGUGCUGAUGACGCAGGUUUACAAGAUACUGUACUUGCUAUGACAGCAGCGGCAGUUGAAAAUCAGUAUCCACAGACUCAUAAUUUUUUUAAUGGGAAAAAUAUAGUUUAUAUAAUAAUAACUUCUUCGAAACAAUUGCUUUUCAGGUCUAAUGACUCUUUGUUUAAUGAAUGUGUAUUACCCAAUGUAUCGUCGGAGGGAGAUACUCAGAAUUAUCUCAUGGGAGAAUCUAAGGAAAUAUCAUAUUCACAAACUAUGGUACCGAGAUUGAGGUUGAAUUCGGUUUCUGAAUCUCAAUGUAUUGAAUUAGCUUGUGAAGUUAUUGAAACAAUGAUAAGAAAUAUGGUGGUCACUGAGAUGACUUUUAAAGAAGCUCAAAACAUAUACAAUCAACGCUGUGAAAAUUCAGAGGAAAUUAAAGACUUCAAAUCGAUAUACAGGGAACAGUUAUUACAGUUGAUGGCUGGAUAUGUUGAUUUGAAAAAUCGUGUUUUUAAAAUUCGAAAAGUAGUCUUUCAACUUAAGCAACGGAAUAAUGAGGCCAAAUUUCAUCUUUUACCAAAAAUGUUCCCAGUUACGGACACAGAAAAGAUUCUGAAGGAUAAACUGCAAACGAUGCUUGUUGAAACUCAUGGCGUGGCGCAACAGAUACCAAAUCUUAUAAAUGAAGUGGCUGUAAAACAUCGUAAACUUUUUGGUCCGGCUCGUUCAUUUUCCGCAUCUGCGAGCGCGCAAAAGUUCAUGCUAUCGAAAAAUUCUAAAGAUAUUGAUAAAAUGGUUAUUUGGACAAAAAAGCUGACAGAGAAAUUCCAUGCAAUGGAAGCUAAAUUGGUAGCUGGAAGAAUUCCGAUACACUCGCCAAACGAUGCAAAAAAAACUGAUAUGACUGGAAAAGCAUCGUCAGACCCACCAAACUUAGCGCUUAGUAUCACUGAAGAACAGAAAUAA